UCAAAAGGAAUACAAAAGCAAAGGCUAUUUUCUUUUUCUUUUCUUUCUUUCUUUUUUCCUAAAGAGCAAGCGGCGGUGGCGGUGGCGGCUCGGGGUGAGCGCUACUGAGGAGAGGGUGUCCCGCCUCCCGCGCGUCGGUAGAUUCUCGGACCCCAUCCCUGGAUAGUCUGACUGAGUAGGUGUGGAGUGGGACGCAGAAACCAGGUGUCGGCCUGGUGGUCAGAUUUCCCAAUGACUUCUUGGGUACCGACUGUGAGACUGAUUGUUCCAUUAUGGAUGGAGGAGAUGAUGGUAACCUUGUUAUCAAAAAGAGAUUUGUGACCGAGGCAGAACUAGAUGAACGGCGCAAAAGGAGGCAAGAAGAAUGGGAGAAAGUUCGAAAACCUGAAGAUCCAGAAGAAUGUCCAGAGGAGGUUUAUGACCCGCGGUCUCUAUAUGAAAGACUACAAGAACAGAAAGACAGGAAGCAGCAGGAGUAUGAGGAGCAGUUCAAAUUCAAAAACAUGGUAAGAGGUUUAGAUGAAGAUGAAACCAACUUCCUUGAUGAGGUUUCUCGGCAGCAGGAAUUAAUAGAAAAGCAACGAAGAGAAGAAGAACUGAAAGAACUGAAGGAAUACAGAAGUAAUCUCAGCAAGGUUGGAAUAUCUCCAGAAAACAAGAAGGAAGUGGAGAAGAAAGUGGCUGUGAAACCCAUAGAAACCAAGAACAAGUUCUCCCAGGCAAAACUGUUAGCAGGAGCUGUGAAGCAUAAGAGCUCAGAGAGUGGCAACAGUGUAAAAAGACUGAAAUCGGACCCUGACCCGGAUGACAAGAAUCAAGAAGCCCCGUCCUGUGUGUCCCUUGGAAGCACGUCCCUGAGUGGUCCCUCCAUCCACUGCCCCUCUGCUGCAGUCUGUAUCGGCAUCCUCCCAGGCUUGGGCGCCUACUCUGGGAGCAGCGACUCUGAGUCCAGCUCCGACAGCGAAGGCACCAUCAACGCCACCGGCAAGAUCGUCUCCUCCAUCUUCCGAACCAACACCUUUCUUGAGGCCCCCUAGCUUCUGUGUCCUUACCUCAGGGAGCUCCUCCCCAAGAGUAGACCAGAUGGAUGGUUCAUCUGCCUCCAGGCAUUACCUCCCUCAGAAAACUUUUUUGCCUGUUUCCUGUGCACACCGUGACAUUUUUAACCUCAUCUAAAAAUGUGCCAGCAUCCACCUGUGGCCCGACUUGUGUUUGGUUUCUCUUUCCUCUCCAGUGCAGAUGCCCACACCUGUCCCACUGCCUCAUUCCUCACUGAUGUGUUGGGGUGGGGGCCAGGGCCCGGCAGAAACUCCACUAAAAAUGCCCUGGGAAGACAGGACAGCUGGCUUGCACAGGGUUUGUUUGUAUUA